AAUUAAUGUCACACUAUUGACAUAAAUAAACGUAAACAAUCACUAAAGUGUGAAGAUGUACAUUUAAAUAAAUAUAUAUUAUACAUACAUGUACAUGUGUAUAUAUAUAUAUAUGAUUUCUAGUUUCAAAGAAUUAGAUAGUUUACCAAAAUAGUGUAAAAAGAAGGAUGAGAAACUGGAAAUUCAUGUAAUUCUGCCUUAAAUGGUGAAAGUUCAUGAAAAUUAGACUGGAAACAUCAAAAGAAGAAAAAUUUUUACAUACUAAACAAAAUAAAGUAAACUGACUUUUGCAAAUAAAUUUGGCACAUAUAUAACAUACUUGAUACAUGAACAUAACCAUGGAGGAUACUAAUCUGCUAAUAAUACACUUCAUAUUAAUUAAUUGAAAAUUUUUAAGAGAUUUUACAUAAGACAUGUAAGAUGGGACAGCCUUACAGGAUACAAACUAACCAAAGCCUUUAAUGCUAUUAUUAGACAUGUAAUUUUCCGUCAUGUAAACAGGAUGUGUCUUAUCCAGGAUAGAUUAUUACAUAAUCUCUGUUUAAAUUUAAUAUGAAUCAGAGUGCUCCUCUUCAUCUAAUGUGUAAACCGUUAGAAUUUUCAAAAGUAAGAUGACAGACACAGUUGAUAUGAAGAGUCAGAACUCAGAUGAUUCUGAUUACGAUGAAUCAGAUAACAUGGACGAAGAUGAUGAAGAUGAUUAUUGUGGUUACUAUGACAAUGAUACUGAUGACCUUGACAUUGAUAAACCAAAGAAAAGUGAUGACCCAGAAUAUUUUGAAUUUGACCUUCUUCACUUAGAGGAUGCAGAAAGAUUACUCAAUGAAGAAGUAGAGGCUUUAUGUAGUAAAUUAAAGAUUGAUCCUUCCUUGGCCAAGAUGUUACUGCAAGUCCAUGGCUGGAAUAAAGAAUCUAUAAUAGAAAGACACAUUAUAGACCAUGGAAAACUAUUGGUUGAUUCAAAGAUAAAACCAGCUGUGAAGUAUAAGGAUACCUGUUUUAGUAAUUAUCGUACCUGUCCCGUGUGUUACCUGACUGUACAGAAGGAUCAAAUGUUUAGUGUGUCCUGUGGACACCAGUUUUGUAAAGAAUGCUGGGAUAGCUUUUUCCAAAUCCAGAUUCAACAAGGAAUCACUACAGGGAUAGAGUGUAUGGAGAAAGACUGUAAUAUACUGGUACCUGAAGAUUUUAUUUGUAGUGCUCUCAGUAAACCAGACUUUCGUGACCGAUAUUCUACAAGGUCAUUUACAGAUCAUAUUGAAGGACACCCACAGUUGAGAUUUUGUCCUGGGCCUAAUUGUUCGGUCAUCGUUAGAGCAAAAGAAAACAAAGCCAAAAAAGUAGAAUGUGGACAGUGUAAAACUAUAUUUUGUUUUAAAUGUGGUAUAGAUUAUCAUGCUCCAACAGAUUGUGGUACUAUAAAGAAAUGGCUGACAAAAUGUGCUGAUGACUCAGAAACUGCUAAUUAUAUCAGUGCUAAUACUAAAGAUUGUCCAAAGUGCCAUGUAUGUAUAGAGAAGAAUGGAGGUUGUAAUCAUGUGCAAUGUACAAAGUGUAAACAUGACUUUUGUUGGAUGUGUUUAGGAGAUUGGAAGGCACAUGGCAGCGAGUAUUAUGAAUGCAGCAGAUACAAAGAAAAUCCUAACAUUGCUAAUGAAUCAGCUCAUGCUCAAGCUAGAGAGGCUCUCAAAAAAUACCUCUUUUAUUUUGAAAGGUGGGAAAAUCAUUCAAAGAGUUUGGAGUUGGAGGAACAAACUUUACUUAAAAUAACCUCUAGAAUUCAGGAGAAAGUGAUGAAUAAUGCUGGGACCUGGAUAGAUUGGCAGUACUUGUUAGAUGCUGCAGCUCUUCUCAGAAAAUGCAGAUACACACUACAGUACACAUAUCCAUAUGCUUACUUUAUGGAAAAAGGAGCCAGAAAACAACUUUUUGAAUAUCAACAAGCUCAGUUAGAAGCUGAAGUAGAAAACUUAUCAUGGAAAGUAGAAAGAGCAGAAAUUACAGACAGAGGGGACCUAGAAAAUCAAAUGGAUGUUGCAGAAAAAAGACGUCAAACAUUGUUGAAAGACUUUCUAGAAAUCUGAAGAGUUAUCACGUGACAUUGAUCAGCUCAGGGAGAUUAUUGUUAGAUGAUUGUCAUUAAAGCUUUAAACUAAGUCAAAAUAUAGGUGCCAAUCAUCGUCAAAUGUUAAUGCUGUCACCUGAAGGAAAAAUUCCUAUUGGUCUCACUGUAUAGGCAUUUGUAAUAUAAAAAAACUUUCAGGAGGUUGAAAUAGCCAGGUGCUGCAAAUUGCAAUGCAUGGUAAUGAAAUUAAUAAAUUUUUAACAGAUUUUUGAAAAUAUAGAUUAAAAUAAGAAUUCAGAAUAAAAUUCGAAAGUUUUAAUUGUAACUAUAUUAGUUUAUUAAAACAAAUAUGUAGCAAUAUUGUUCAAGUAGUACCAAUUACGAAAUAUGCUUACAAAAUUGAUAUGUUUUGUCUCUGUACAGGUGCACAAUUUAUUAGCGCUCAUCAAUCAAAAAGGUGAAACUCCUUCUAAUAAACUAGUUUGCUGUUGAUGACCGACUUUUUCAAGUUAAAUGAAUCGCAGAAUUCAGCAUACUUGUACCAUGCUGAUACUCAAAUAAAUAGAAAAAGAACCAUGUUUUUUUUUAUAUAUGUCGACACAAGAAAAUGUGAGUAAUUGAUCUGACGUAUGCUGUUUUAGAAGAAAGAAUACAAGUACUUAUGUUAUUGCUGUAGAUAUAUGAAUAUUUUUUGUGUAGAUAAAUCAAGCAUUUCCCACCAUUCUUAAUAUCCUAUUUUGUGAAUUUUUGGAAGUUAGAUAAUUUGGUUUGUGUACAGUGGAAAAUAUAUCACAUUUUAUUUAUAAGUAUAAAAAUCUGGGUUCUGAUUUAUAAAACACACAGCAAAGGAUUAACCUGCUAACUAUUUAAUUAAUGCCACAUUCAAGAAGAAAUCAUAGACGUAAGCAAUUAACAUACAGUUUUGUAAAAUCUCUAAUGUAGUUUAAAGGUCUCUAUAGCAUAUAGGUCUGUAUUCAUUAUUUCCUCAAAGGAAAAAUAAAUUCAUAUCUCAUUGCAACAUUUGUAAAUAUUUCAUAAUCAGAAUUAAUUGUGAUAAAAAUGUUACUAAAUACUUCAUUCCAAAAUGUUUGAUCUCUUAAAGAAGUAGCUUUUUUAAAAAUUGAACAUUUUUAUUCUUUUCUGGUUAUGUAAGGGUUAAAUGUUUACUCAAGCGAUUUUUUAUAAUUUCUUUUUCAAAUAGUUCAGCUUUGAUGUAAAGGCAAAUUGAUUAAAAUUGCUCUAGUAUUGUAAUUUUUAUACAUUUGUAAACUGAUUUUGAUAUGUACAAGUACUUUAAAUUUUUUGUAUGAAUAUUUCUUAAUAAUUGUUUGUUAAAAUAACAAGUAAUUCUCAUACUGAAAUUUAGUUUAAGGUUGUGGUUGUCUGGCUUCCUUCACUAAUAAAAAAUGGCAGCCAUGAUAGAGUCAAGUGUGUUGAAAAUGUUGUUAAGGUGGUACCAAACACCUUGACUAAAAUUAACUUGGCUCGUUUAAUUUUCAUAAAAUUUUGACAAAAUAUUUACUUUGACCCUUUGACAAAAAUAUAAAAAUGUCAAACAAUUUGAACCACACACUUUAUCGGAAAAAUUUCAUUGGAUAUAUAGCAGUUUGACAAACACUAAUUUUGAUCAUUGAGAAGCUUAUUAUUUCCUUAACAAUAGCACAUGAUUAAAACGUUCUGCUGAUUUUUACAGAGUUAUCUCCCUGUAGUGUUAUGUACCUUAAACACCAACAAUCAAUCAGUCAAUCAAUCAUAUUACUUUAUCAUGUUUAUAAAUACUUUAUUUAUUUUUACUUAGACUAUAAUCAAAUGCAAUUAUAAAUAGAUAAUUUAAGUAGGACAGACCUCAAAGAUUUAUAGAUAAAGGUCAAAGUUUAUGAAACAAGCGGAACAUUACUACAUUGACUGUUAAAAGAAGUUGUUAAUAUUUUUGUUUAUCUAGUUGAAAUCAAACACAUGAUGUUUUGAAGGGAAGAUCUUGAUUUUGUCUCAUUUAUCGUAAAAUGUUGAGUAUAACAUCAAAAGUGUUGAUAUUUUAAAUGUGCAAUAUUAUAUACUGGUAUGUGAUGUUGAAGUGUUUUCGUGUCUCUCUUAUAUGUGAUUAUAAUCUCUUUUCUAAAAUAUUUCCAUGUUAUAGUUGGUCAUUUUAAUAUUGUGGGUACAGAAUAUUGUAAGUUAUUGGUUAUAUAUGAAAUUACAUUAUUUUCAUUUUAUUUGAUCAUGCACUGGUUAUAUAAACAUGAUUUGGUUCUGCAUUGAUUUCAGAGAAAUAAACAUAGUGACUGUGAGGAGGAAAUAUGAUUAGAGCCAUUAUUUGAAAAAUUGCAAAAUUAGUAAAAUUCAUGUUUUUUUUUUCAAAAUUAUGCUAGAUUUACUGAUAAGUGAAUAAAAAUAUAAUUUGGAUGUUUUUGUAGAGGAAUAAUUUUUUAUGAAGAAAAUGUGUCAUAAUGAACCUAUUUGACCAAAAAAGGUAAAAUAGCUAAUGAUAUUAACAAAAUUAAAAUAUCUGACAGACAAAUGUAAAUAUUAAAAGGAUGUUAUUUUAUAGAUGCAUAUCUGAUUUUCAAAAUCAACAGGUAAAAAAUGGCCUUUUCAUACCGUCUCUGUCUUAAACAUUUUUAAUUGGCAUUUUUUAAUGUAUUUCCAGUGUUGGAUAUACCAUAUAUAAAUCAUGCUAAACAUGAUUAAUCAUAUGAUAUAUAAAUCAUGCUAAACAUGAUUAAUCAUAGGAUAUAUAAAUCAUGCUAAACAUGAUUAAUCAUAGGAUAUAUAAAUCAUGCUAAAGAUGAUAAAUCAUGUCAAACAUUAAUCUUUGCAUUUAGUUUUUACAUUAAUGAUUAAGUUGGCAAAGCCAAGAAUUUUUUUUUAUUAAAUUGUCAUAUUUACAUUUUUUGCUUCUGUAUGUAGCUUAUUAAUCAAUUGUAAAUAUUUCUAAAAUAUUUAAUACAUUUGUUGUGAAUGUGAUGAAUGAUAAUUUAUUAUUUAUGUUAAAAUAGUUUUAUGUAUUUGUUAGUGGAUAUCUCAAUUUAUUACACAAGCAUCACAAUUUUUCUGAUAGUUCUAAAGACUGAUGCAGAUAGUAUUUUCUGUAUCUAAUCAGUGCACUAGUAAUAGAUGUAUAUUAUGCUGCAGAAAUUGCUUAAUAAUCAAAUUAAAAAAAAUCAGAAAACAGACGGAGUGAGCAAGAGUUAUCCAUUUUAAGUGCUGUUAUUGUAAAAGAAUAAAAUAGAAAAAUAUUAGCCUAUAGACCAUUCUCAAAGUAAUUCUAGAUUGUAUAACACAAUAAAAAGGGCAGUUCCAAAAUUGGUCGUAUUGGAAAAAGCGGGGAGACAUUAAAAUUAAUUAAUUGUGUAUAGCUGUUUUUUCCAAUAGAAUGUGUAAGAAUUUUAUAAUAUGGGUGGUUUGGGUCUAAAAAAAGUGCCUCUUAUGCCCCUUGCGGUUAAUUCUUGAAUAGCCCUAAGCAUAAGCAGAUAGAAGUCUUAUAUAAGCUUGCACACUUAGUUUCUAAACUCCUCUAAUGAGCUCAAUUUGAUAAAGGGUUUAUUUAUUAAAAUUUACAUUUUCUUCACAGAUGGCAAUCUAUAUUAAUAAUUUAUAUGGAAAAUAUGUAAAAUGGUGGAUUUUCAGAGUCUUUAUUGUUUAUCAUAGAACAUCCAUUGGUAUUUUUAGCUGGUUUUUCGCUUCAUAACUGCCAUUACUCUAUAAUUUUACCUCAGUUCAAAUUAUGAAUGAAAGUUUUAAUUGACAUUCAUUAUAUAGAAGUUCUCUGAAUAAAGAAUUGUAAUGUUUCUUUAAAUGAACAGUUUUGUGUUGUAGAAAUAACAGAGAUAUCAACAGGCUAUCUAGAAAAUCAACAUGAUUUAACAUUCUGUAACCAUGGAAAUAUGCUUGUUUACAGUUGACCAAUACUUCAUUAUACAUUCCUUGAAAUGUUUUGAUGUUUAAUUUGGUUUUUGUAAAUCAACAAAUUUUGGUCUAUGUGUAGAAGGUGCAGUAACAUUUUUAGCCCUUCCUACUCUUUUUUGUAAAGAAACAAAAUUUUCCCAAAUAUCUUUUUUGGUUUUGAGAAAUAAGAGGAAAGCAGUAUCUAGAUGAAGUUCACCACUUUAUCACUAAUUUAUGUGUAUAUGCUUACAGUCUAGUAGAUAAUCAAUUUUUGAAUUUUUUAGAAUGUAAUCAGAACUUAUCAUCUGAUAGUUGUAUGCAGAUUAUCAAAACCGUAUUUAUGAUUUCUGUUGGUAUUUACCUUAGAACUGUUACCAAGGUUACUGGAAGUUGUUAUUGUAAAAAUGAGGGGAAUGAAAGUGUUGAAUGCUAUUUAUUAUCCAUGGCAUGUGUUGUGUUUUUGUUAUUAAAUGAAUUUUAAUAA